UCCAGCGUGUAUGUUGUCGGGAAUAGGGAUCUGCCCCUCACUUCCUGUAGUUCCUUCCCACCUUCCCGACCAAACAACCGGUCCCGUACUGCGUAUUAUCAGCGAUCACGGACACGCUCGUGCUGGUUCUCCGAUUAAAGGCUUCAGCAGCGUGUGGCCAGCGAGCAGGACUGAUCAUGGCUCUGAGCGAGGACUUCACUGAGCUCCAGACCCUCAGCAAUGGCAGAUCCUCCAGCAUUUUCCCCACCACAAACACACCUGUAGACCCGGAGGAGGAGGAGGAGCAGAGCGUUUCUGCAUGCACACAGCCCAAUGAACACACACAGAUGAUGCAGACAGGCCAGAACGGCGGACUCAAAAGCACACGUCUGUCUUCUUCCUCAUCAUCAUCAUCACAGCUCACAGAUGCUCAGCGAUUGGCUGUUCUGCUGCCCAAUGCUCUGCCUCCGGGUUUCUGUGUGUGCUGCUCGCUCUGUUGUAACGGGAACCAGCAGGAUUGUGCUCUCUUCCAGAGCGCCGUGCCGUCCGCUGCCCUCCACAUGGGCUCCUGCUGCGUCCAGGGCGUCCCCUGUUUCUGCAUGCAGCAUCACUGGCCGGAGCAUCUGCAGAACCAGCCCAACAUGGCCACGCUGAGUCCUCCGAGGCCUUUCCGGUUUCCUAAAAGUUAUGCAGAGCUGAUUGCUGAUUGGCCGGUGGUGGUGUUGGGGAUUUGCACUGUCCUCAUUGUGGUUUGUGCUCUGGUCGGGAUCCUCGUUCCUGAUCUGCCUGACUUCUCAAACCCACUGCAGGGGUUUGAGCCGAGAGGCACUGCAAUAGGACAGAGACUGGUUACGUGGAACAACAUGGUGAAAAACACCGGCUACAAGGCAACACUGGCAAACUAUCCAUUCAAAUACGCAGACGAGCAGGCCAAAAGUCACCAAGAUGACCGGUGGUCCAAAGAUCAUUACGAUCGAAAGAAAAGACAAGCGGAGUGGGACUUCAGCAAAGAUAGUUUCUUCUGUGAUGUACCAGGUGACAGCUAUUCCCGGAUCGUAUUUGCUUCUGCUGAGGGCAAGAACUUGUGGAAUAUACAGGCCAUUAAAUCCAUGUGCAAUUUCGACAAUACGCGGGUUCGGUCUCAUCCCCAGUAUCUGGAUCUGUGUCAGCGCACCACUGCUGCCUCCUGCUGUCCCAGCUGGACCCUCGGAAACUACAUAGCCGUCCUUACAAACAAAUCUUCCUGCCAGAAGAUCACAGAGCGAGACGUUUCUCACACCCUGAAUAUCCUGCGCUCCUGUGCUAAAUUUUACCACAACGGUACCCUCGGUCCUGAAUGCUGGGACAUGACCACCCGAAAAAAGGACCUCAAGUGUGGCAACCUGCCGCGGAAGUGUACAAAAUACAACGCUGUGUAUCAGAUUUUCCACUUUUUGGUGGACAAAGACUUUCUGAAUCCAAAGAACACAGACUACCUCCCACCAAACCUCAAAUACAGCAUGCUCUUUGCUCCUACAGAGAAAGGAGAGACCAUGAUGAACAUUUACUUGGACAACUUUGAGAACCGUAACUCUUCGGAUGGGAUCACGACUAUAACGGGAAUAGAAUUUGGCAUCAAACACAGUUUGUUUCAGGACUACCUCCUGACAGAUACCAUGUAUCCCGCAAUAGCUAUUGUCAUCGUCUUGGUGGUCAUGUGCGUCUACACGAGAUCCAUGUUCAUCACCCUUAUGACGAUGUUUGCGAUCAUCAGUUCGCUCAUCGUUUCUUAUUUCCUAUAUCGAGUGGUCUUCAACUUUGAUUUCUUCCCUUUCAUGAACCUAACAGCGCUCAUCAUCCUAGUAGGAAUUGGGGCUGAUGAUGCAUUUGUGCUCUGCGACGUCUGGAAUUACACAAAGUUUGACAAACCUAAUUCUGAGCUCUCUGAAACGGUGAGCAUCACACUUCAGCAUGCAGCGCUUUCAAUGUUUGUCACUAGCUUCACAACGGCUGCUGCCUUCUAUGCCAACUAUGUGAGCAACAUCACUGCCAUACGAUGUUUCGGUGUCUAUGCUGGAACCGCUAUCUUGGUUAACUACAUACUGAUGGUUACCUGGUUGCCAGCUGUGGUGGUCUUACAUGAGCGGUACCUGGUUAACCUUCUUACAUGUUCACGAACACAAAACCAUCAAUCGCAGGGCGCUGCAACGUUUUGGACAAGCCUGUGCCAGGUGGUCAACAAGUGUCUUUUUAGCAUCUCUGAAGCCUCGAGGAUUUUCUUCGAGAAAGUUCUGCCUUGUGUCGUGAUCAAGUUGCGCUACUUGUGGCUCUUGUGGUUCCUGGCUUUGACAGUAGGUGGCGCUUAUGUGGUUUGCGUAAAUCCCAAAAUGAAACUUCCCUCUUUGGAGCUCUCAGAAUUUCAAGUGUUUCGCUCCUCGCAUCCCUUUGAACGCUAUGAUGCGGAGUACAAAAAACUCUUCAUGUUUGAACGGGUCAACCAUGGGGAAGACCUACACAUGCCGAUUACAAUCAUUUGGGGGGUUACACCGAUUGACAGCGGAGAUCCGCUAAACCCUAAAAACAAGGGAAAGCUAACUCUUGACACAACCUUCAACAUUGCGAGUCCAGCGAGUCAAGUAUGGAUUCUCAAUUUCUGCCAGAAGCUCAGAAACCAGAGCUUCGUUUACCAAUCCGAGGAGCAAGACUUCACAAGCUGCUUCAUGGAGACUUUCAAGCAGUGGAUGGAAAACCAAGACUGCGAAGAAGCCUCUGUUUAUCCCUGUUGUAGCCAAUCCACGUUCCCCUACAGACAAGACGUCUUUGAGUUGUGCAUCAAACGGGCGAUUAUGGAGCUCGACCGAAGCACCAUCUACCACCUUGACAGCAAGACUCCAGGACCAAGGUUUGACAUAAAUGACACCAUUCGAGCUAUCGUACUCGAGUUUCAAAGUACCUACCAUUUUACUCUGGCCUACGAGAAGAUGCACCAGUUUUACAGGGAAGUUGAUACUUGGAUUCAGGAGGAGCUCAGAGAUGCUCCUGAAGGACUUAGCUAUGGGUGGUUUGUAAGCAACCUGGAGUUCUACGACCUACAGGACAGCUUAUCCGACGGGACUUUAAUUGCUAUGGCACUGUCAGUGGUGGUGGCCUUCAGUGUUAUGCUCCUGACCACCUGGAACAUCAUCAUCAGCCUCUACGCCAUUAUAUCCAUCGCCGGAACUAUAUUUGUUACAGUCGGCUCACUGGUGCUUUUGGGCUGGGAGUUGAAUGUGCUGGAAUCAGUGACCAUAUCAGUUGCUGUAGGGCUUUCUGUGGACUUUGCUGUACAUUAUGGAGUGGCGUACCGCCUUGCUCCAGAACCAGACAGGGAGGGGAAGGUGGUUUUCUCCUUGAGCAGGAUGGGCUCGGCUAUAGCGAUGGCAGCAUUGACUACGUUUGUUGCUGGUGCAAUGAUGAUGCCGUCCACUGUUCUGGCGUAUACCCAACUGGGCACAUUCCUCAUGCUAAUCAUGUGCAUUAGCUGGGCCUUUGCCACAUUUUUCUUUCAAUGCAUGUGCCGCCUGCUUGGACCCCAAGGCACUUGUGGGCAAAUUCCAUUGCCAAAGAAGCUGCAGUGUGCAGAGCGUACAUCUGAAAACCAGUCUACUGUGAAUAACCAAGGUAAAGCUGGUGCUUGCUACACAACCAAGCAUGAACACUAUGAGCUUGAACCCUUAGCGGCGAAUGUCAGAAAUGAGGGAAAGGCCUCAGAUGAGGAACAAGAAGCCUGCACGCAGCUGCAGAAUAACAUCACUUCUCUUCAUGAUGAUGCAACCUUGUGUGCAUCCCAUGAAGAACCCAAACAUGAGUUUGAAAAUGGCGUGCAAGCCACAGAACAUUCACAUCUCCAUCAGUACGCUUUCAAUACAAGGUGUACCUGUGAGAACUCAAUGCAUCAAUAUAUUCGGGAGCGACAAAGAACUGCUUGCCAUCCUUGCGGCCAAUCUCGAGAAACCCAAUGUGCUACUAAACAGUCCAAUCACUUACCUGCGUGUCUAAACCGGGAUAUGAUCCAUGCUCCUACCAACAGUGGCCACUUCCAGCAUUGCACACCAAGCCAAAUAUCAAGGCCAGCUGCUCAUCGAUGUUUCAGUGGGGGCUGUGGUAUGCAUGCAAUGCACAUUUCACAACAGCAAACAGAGACGGAGUCCUACAUCAGUGCAUGUGUCCCCAGUUCAUCUCCACCAGAGAGCCAGAACCGUCCUGCUCACAUCCAGUUUCCAGAUGUUCAACGCUGCUCUUCGCCUGACACGACUGGAGUUUGUACUCUUAAUCAUGAUACACAGAACGCUGGGGAACUGGCGAUAAAUUCCCAGAGUCCUCAGAAAAUACCAUGGAACCAUUUAAAAACAAAAGCAAACGGCACUUGUGUGCUCCAGGAUUGUCGUGAGGUGGUACCUGAAGACAGCAUCGGAUGCAGAGUUGAUAAAGAAAAGACUGUCUCUCCCAAAAAGUUUAACUGUUUUAAGAAAAACGUUAAAGCAAAGUGCAAUUCUGUAGAGUUUCACAAGACGAGAACCAGCGUGCCUACUAUCGCCAUCAACUCGAAAGCCUCCUCUGAGAGUUUAUGCUAACUUUAAAAACACAACAAAUGAGGGUCAUAUUGAGACUGUCAUAUUCUGCACAGCAAGGACAUCUUUGUG